CAGUUCGACACCGGUAUUUCAAAUGAUGUCUUUUCCUUCGUCGUUAAAAGAAAAUCUACGGGAAGACGCCUUUUCGACACAUCAAUCGGUGGACUAAUAUUUUCCGACCAGUUCCUACAGAUUGCAACGUAUCUGCCGUCGGACGCUAUGUACGGAUGGGGAGAAAACGUUCACCCCACACUCAAGCACAAUUUCUCCACAUACCAUACAUGGGCCAUGCUAGCAAGAGACGAACCUCCAAACUCGGCUUUUCUGGACACGAAAAACCUCUACGGAGUACAUCCUUUCUAUAUGAUUCUGGAACCAGAUGGCAAGGCUCAUGGCGUACUGCUUCUGAACAGCAACGCGCAGGAAGUGACAACAGCUCCAGGCCCGGUGCUGAUUUAUCGAACAAUUGGUGGGAACUUGGAUAUGUACUUCUUUCCCGGACCAACGCCUGAAGAAGUCACCCAACAAUAUCUGGCUCUUAUUGGAACACCUUUUCUCCCAGCUUACUGGGCGCUGGGCUAUCAAAUAUCGCGUUAUGGUUACAAGGACCUCAAUGAAAUGACUGAAAUCAUAGGCAGAAAUAUGGAAGCGGGUAUUCCUUUGGAUACUGCAGUGGCCGAUAUUGAUUAUAUGGAUCGAUACAAAGAUUUCACGACUGGCCAAAAUUGGACAGGACUGUCGGACUACGUGAAGAAGCUGCACAGCUGGGGAAUGCGCACUAUUCUCAUCUUCGAUCCAGCGAUUCAAGUUGAUUACGAAUCUUUCCAACGAGGUGUUGACGCGAAGGCUCGCUUCAUAGAAUGGGAACGAGCGGAUCAAGUAAUGCGGUCAAUACAGGUACAUAAUUAA